AUAUCGAUUUGUAGUUAAAUUUCAUAUUAUUUGAUAUUAAAGUAAAAACACAAUUGCUAUUACUCUGUUCUUGCAAACCUUGAUAUAAAACUGCUGCCAGAUGAUUCAGAUCCUUUCUAAAGCCUAGUAGAAGAGUUACACCAAACAUAAUUUUUGUCAUGCGACAAAUACAACCGAUCUACACUAGAAUUGAAACAUGUCGGCUGAUAAAUCAGCAGUUGUCGUGGUUGAUAUGGAUAAUGUCAUCUGCGAUUUUGAACAGCAUCUAUUGAAUGAAUAUCGCAAAAAGUACCCAGAUGAAAGAUUUAUUCCUCUGCACAAGCGAAACGGGGAGCCUGCUGAGAAUCAGUACACAGCCUUACAACAAGACUUAGGUGCAAAAAUUGUUUCAGUUUAUACUUCUUAUGGAUUCUCAUUAAACCUUCCAGAAAUCCCAGGAGCUUGUAGUGCUUUGAAAGCCAUGAAUGAGAUGAAUGGAGUAGAAGUAUUUAUCUGUGCACCUCCUUUGGUUUCAUAUGAAUUCAGCCUCAAGGAAAAGUGUCAGUGGAUAGAAGAAUAUCUAGGUGAAGACUGGGUAGAAAGAGUCAUUCAUUGCCUGGAUAAAACUCUGAUCAAUGCACAUUUGAUUAUAGAUGAUGAUAUACGCAUUAGAGGUUCCGAGAAGAAUCCGCCUUGGGAACAUGUUGUGUUUACAGCUUGUCACAAUGUGAAUGCCAACAUAGGUGCUAAGAAGCGUCUCAAUAACUGGACUGAUGGUAGUUGGCAGAGAAUCAUUGAAGAUAUAAAGAAACAGAUUGUUUAAAUAGAACAAUAUAUAUCAGAUCAAAUGUUAGUUGUUUUUUUUUUUUAAAUGUUUUCAUCUUGCAAGAUAAUAUAAACUGUUUCUUUAUGAUAUUUUAUUACCAGGUGUGUUAACUGUGAGAUAGUCAAUAAUAAAAUAUUUUGUAAAGAAAUCGA